UAUCAGAAAAUGAAAAAAAAAUGUCUUAAGGAUAGUUCGAAUAGCGCGGCUGAUAUAAUUAACACCCAAGGGGUGUCCCUAAGUUAAUCCAAACGGUGAUGGUGGGAUAAGGUCAGCUGCAUUUUCCAUCGCCUUCGUCUCAUUCGUUCUUUUUCUUCGAGUUUCCUCGGGGUAAACUCGUUACUUUCACCCUUGCUACCAGGGACAAGUCGUAAUCAAGCCUAAUUCGUAAUUUCACCAGAAGGAGGACCGAUGAUUGGCGGGGCAAUGAGAUUUUCUCGUUUUUCUGCCGGCAAACAGUCGGGGAUAAAGGAAAUGGUAGAUCUUUUUUUUUUUCGUGACAUCAGUAAAAAAUUUCAACGAAUCAAUCCUCUCUAACUCGUCAAUGAAAAGGUAUUAUAGCCGAUUCGAGGACUGAAAAGUGGAUUUCAAUUUUUCUUCAUUUGUGCGAAACGAGGAGGAGAAAAUAUUUGAUUCACUUUUACAUUCGUUAUUACAAUGUAAGGGUGAAAUGUUCGAUUUAAAUUUUAAUCAACCCCUGAAUGUUUCGUGUUUGAACUCGCGUUAUUUCAAGCGUCCUAGAUUAUUUUUGCAACAGUGAAUGAAAAAAAUCCAUACAACAGUUCGGAAAAGAGUGGAGGCGCAGGUAAAAUUAUCGAUGAUUAAACUCGAUGCAGCGUGCAGAGAGCUGUCUGUCGUUCGAAAGACAAUCGUUGGUCCGGAAAAGUUGCAAUUUCCGUGCGAACAGGCCGCUCAAUGGGUUGCAAAAGUCGAUUAACGAGAGUGACAAAGUGAUAGCUACGACCCUACGAUUCCUGACAUGUUCGUCCACCCUCGACGAGAGCUAUUAAUAUUUCGAUUAAGUCAACGCUUAAUUUCGUUGCGUCGAUCACGAUGGCCGAGUUCCGCCAGAAUAUCGUUUUGACGAGCAUUAUAAAACAGCCAUUUCUGACGUGUAUUGGACUGGCAAAAAAAUAAUGUCUAAUUUCUACAUUAUUGUUUUAUUUCUCAGCGCUGUUCCUGUCUUACAACACAAGGUAGGUAUCUUGAUUAUUAUCCGUUAAAAUUGACGCUUUGCUCAUUUAUUUUUUUUAACUAACAAUCGUAGAAAAGAAUGAUGUUUAUAGGAAUCGUACGAUUAUGUAAUUUAGCGACAUUUACUUGUCACGUUUGUCAUUACAGUAAAUUAGUUUCCUGAGAAGAUAAGCAUCGUAAUCGCUACAUAAAACAGAGUAUUAUAUAAAAUAAGAAUAAUAUCAUGUUCUUUAAACCGGACAAUGUAUUAAAUAAAACUGUGAUAUAAUUACGAUUAAAAGUGAAAUUAUCCAGCCGAAUCCGUGUCUAGGAACAUCAUUCGUUUCCGUCGCCGGUCGUGACAAAAAACACGAAGAAGAACAAAUUGUCGCGGACGGCGGAUAAUAACUGUCAACGGUAGCGGAUGAGAACGACACUAGCCAUGAUUUUCUUUUCAAUGUGUGUUCUUUUCACAUGCGAUGUACCGUGGAAUGUUUCUUUAUCUGAUGCUUUUUGUUUCUCCUUCUACGUUUCAUUAUUACAUCACGCACCGAGCUUAGAGUAUUUAUUCGGGCGAUUCUCAAAACGAGGAGACAGUGUCAAAGCUACACAGGCACCAUGAAGUACUUGUUCCUCCUAUUCAGCGUCAUCGCUCUCUUCGGGCUUGGCGUAAGCGUCCUUGGAGCGUCGCUUGGAAUCAGUGAUUCCACCACUUACAGUUCUCUAGUGAAACGUAGCCCCGAGGAUGAACCUCCUUGUCCACAUGGACACCCAUGUGGACCCCCACCUGGUGGCUUCCAUCAUGGACCACCACCAGACGGCUUUCCUCAUGGACCUCCACCUUCUUCGGAUACAACAAAUAGUGCUGAUUCUAUGAGCGAUGAUGCCCAAAGUAAAACCAAACGAUCAGCUGAGAAUUCCCAACACCCGCCUCCACCUGGCGCUGGUGGCAUGGGCGGUAUGGGGGGUGGUAUGGAGGGAUCCAUGGGAGCAUCCAUGGGAGCACAAGUGGGUGGAUCCGGGGGCGCUGGAGGUCAACCAUCCAUGGGAUAAACCAACGUAUAGAUACAUAGGUGUAAAAUAGAUAGGGACAUUGUAGAAUUGGUCGAGGGAUUUUUGUUUGUAGUUUCAGUGAAAAUGUUGAAAUAAAUUUGUUGAUGAAAAAAUGUAA